AUGGCUGAACUCUUUGGCAUUGUUUCAGGCUCUUUGAGCGCCGCAGCGCUAUUCAAUAACUGUGUCGACUGUUUUGAGUACAUACAGCUUGGCCGCAAGUUCGGCAGCGACUACGAACGAUGCCGACUGAAGCUUGAUGUCGCUAGGUUACGUCUCAGUAGAUGGGGCGAGGCCAUCAGAGUCAACGAUGACCCUCGAUUUGCAAGUGGCACGCCGGACGAUAACGAUUCUCGCGAGGGCCGGGUCAUCCUUGAAGAGCUUGAACUGCUCUUUCAAGCUGCACAGAGGUCAUCAGAGCGAUACGCGAAGCGGGCACAACGGGAGGAGUUGGUGGCGUUCAAAGAUGAAGAUAUGGACGAAAUUGCCCAAGGUUUGCACAACCGGCUUGGGCUGAUCGCUCGCCAAAGACAGGCGCGCACUAGUCUCAUGAAGAAAGCAAAGUGGGCUUUGUACGGUGCCAAGGAGUUCGACAGGCUACUCGACCAGAUCGCGUCAUUCCUAGACGACCUUGAGAAUUUAUUUCCGGUUGAAACCGCAAGCCGACGGCUCAUGGGCCUCGAAAUCGAACAAGUGGCGGACAAAGCGAGUUUGUUGGCACUCCGAGAUGCAGCCACCGGCGCCGACGGGGCCUUGUCCGAUGCUGCUGCACAGAAGUUGGAAGGCAUGACUGGGAGGAAUCAUGCGAGGGACAUCAAGACCGAAGAGACGGCAAGGGUGCUACUCGGGAACACUUGGAGUGAACCGGCCUUGAGCGGGGGAUCGAGCAUUGCGGAUCAAACGAUGAACACUGCCGGCUCCAUCACAGCAAGAGGGGGGUCAGCGGUUCAGGUCGGCAACCAGUAUGGCGGCCGGGGUUUCUUCCACUCGUAG